ACAAGUCUUAAAGUGGCCAUGGUUGGAAACCCGCCUGCUCUAGACUAGAGCUGUGCUUGGCCACUUUAAGGUGGGCGGACUUCAACUCCCAGGAUGCCCCAGCCCCGUGCCUCGGCCGAGGAAUUCUGGGACUUGAAGUCCGCCCAUCUCAAAGUGGCCAAGAUAAGAGAAACGCUGGACUGGGUGAAGCUAGGAUGGAAUCAAGAGGGUGACUGGCAGAGCCCCGAUUUCAGCUUUUCGAGGUGGGGGUGGGGUGAAAUCAUCCCCCUUGCUGGCUUUCCUCCUGCCAAAGGUCCUUGGAGGGGCCCUCGGGCAGCCUUCCCCAGCUGGAAUCAAUUCAAUUCAGCUGGAAGGGGCCUUGGAGGUCAUCUAGCCCAACCCCCUGCUCGAGCAGGAGACCCUGUACAAUCUCAGUUUUGCUUCCAUGAUCCUUGAAUCCCUGGAGCAUGAAGGUCAAAGUGAUUUCAAUUUUGGAAGAUAAUUACAUGUACCUGAUCAUUGAAGAAACCACCCGAGAGGCCAUUGCAGUGGAUGCAGCUGUUUCCAAGCGGCUCCUAGAGAUCAUCCGAAGGGAAGACAUUAUUCUAAAAGCCAUUCUGACUACCCAUCACCAUUGGGAUCAUGCAAGAGACAAUGAAGAACUGGCCAAAAUUUAUCCCGGCCUGGAGAUAUAUGGUGGGGAUGAACGGGUGGGAGCUCUGACACACCGAGUGACUCAUGAGGAGGAAUUAAAGUUUGGCAGCAUCAAUAUACGGUGCCUUCUCACUCCGGGCCACACCUCGGGACACGUCUGCUACUUCGUGUGGGAAAACGAUUCUCUGAACGCUCCUGCAGCUUUCACAGGUGACACCUUAUUUGUCGGUGGCUGUGGGAGACUCCUGGAAUGCCCAGCUGAACAGCUGUACAAGAGCCUGAUGGAGGUCCUGGGUGGGCUGCCAAAGGAGACGAAAAUCUUCUGUGGACACGAGUACACAACCCAGAAUUUGAAGUUUGCCUCAAAGGUGGAACCAGAGAAUGAAUUUGUGAAAGAAAAGCUCAUUUGGGCUAAACUCCGAGAAGAUGAAGACCUUCCAACGGUGCCUUCUACUUUGGCCGAGGAGUUCCUCUACAACCCGUUCCUUCGCAUCUUGGAAGAGCCGGUCCAGAAGUUCACGGGGAAAUCCGCUCCUGUUGAGUCCUUUGCUGCUCUCUGUAAGGCCAAAGAGAGCUUCCGGAAACCCAAAGAGCGGCUGAACCCUCAGGCCAUGCUGGCGUUCGAGUGGGGGCUCUUUGAUCCACUCCUGCAGAAGUGAACCCCCAUGCCUGCCAUGAUGAGAAUACAGCUGCAGCAAAUGCAUCUGGAUUGCACAGCCCCCUUUCCACCAGUGUCAAAUGGCGCAGAAGCUUGUUGAGAAGUUGCCUUCCUCCACAAAGGCGUCCUUUUCCUCCCAAUUCUUAACUAUCUUGCUGUAAACAUGGUGCCAAGCAUCAAACGAACUCACUUCUGGGAAGGCAGGCGCUAUGGAGUUAUGCAACACGGAGGAGGAAAAGAUAUCAUUGCCUUGCCUCCCAAUUUACUAUGAAUUUAAUGACAACUAUUCGCUCACCUUUUAAUUUUUUUAAAAAAAAAAUAUUGAUUUUCUUGGGAUUUAGUUUUGUCACUCCAUGUGGUACAACGAAAUUAAAUGCCUUCUCCAGUGUACAUUAGAACUAUAAAAAUAAAAACACACAUACAUCCUUUA